AUGAUGAACUUUGCUAUACAAGUCGUGCAAGUGGCACUUGUCACAGGCGCCUUUGCUCAAAGUCAGUAUAGCCGAUACAUUCUAGCUCCAUCUUCAAGGACACUACUGCCGGCGUCUGUAUAUCAGACAGGCGGUGAUGUGGAGAAUGCCGAGUCCCUCCUUCGGCAGUCUCCUGCAUCUUCGGCGAGUUUCAAAGGGAACAAUUCAUACAUCACGCUGGACUUCGGCAAGAAUAUCGGCGCGACAGUCAGCUUCAACGUCGACGCGUUGGAGGGAGAAGACGAGGCCAUAGGCUUCACAUUUACGGAGAGCUCCGAGUGGAUCAGUGCUGAAUAUUGCGACUCCACCCAAGACGCCGGCAUCGACCUCCCGCUAUGGUUCAACCUUACCGGUCCGGGCUUCUACCAGGCAGACAAGUAUCACCAGCGCGGCGGGUUUCGUUACCUGACACUAGUUCACAACAGCACGGGGUCUGUUAGCGUUUCUAAUCUUACGGCGUACUGGAUCACGUCACCUGAAAUGGAGGACCCAACAUCUUAUACCGGGUACUUCCACAGUGAUAGUGAGAAGCUGAACAGGGUGUGGUAUGCCGGUGCCUAUACCAAUCAACUGUGCUCAAUCGACCCGACGACAGGAAAUUCACUCGGACUUCCCACAUCAGGUUGGGAAUAUGACUACCAGAUAUCAAAUGGCACUUCUGUCCUGGUAGAUGGCGCUAAGAGGGACAGACUGAUCUGGCCCGGUGAUAUAGCGAUCUCAGGUCCGUCUCUAUUCGUAUCGACCAAUAGCCUAGUGCCCAUCAGAAAUGGCAUUGAUGCCCUGAUUCGUGACCAACAAUCAGACGGUCGUCUGCCAUACGCUGGCGAACCAUUUAAUGAGUUUGUCGGCAACAUGAGUGGUGUACCUCAUAUCUUUCUGUGGAGUUUCACGUACCAUCUACAUACGUUGAACGACAUAUAUGACUACUACCUAUUUACUGGAGACCUGGAGUACCUUGAGUCUGUCUGGGAUCAGUUCAAGCUGGGAAUGAACUAUCCAUUGCAGUUUAUUGACUCGUCAGGCUUGGCCAACGUCACUAGCAGUAGCGAUUGGCUGCGCAGUGGCAUGGGUGGACAUAAUAUCGAGGCGAAUUCCAUACUGUAUCACACAUUACAGAACGCAUUGAAACUUGCUGCUGUCGUCAAUGACACCAGCAACGUGGCAAACUGGACCACCUCGGCGGCAGGCAUACCUCCGGCUGCCAACGCCAUUCUUUGGGAUGAUUCAGCGUCACUGUUCAAGGAUAACGACACACAACAGGUUCUUCACCCACAAGACGGUAACGCGUGGGCCAUCAUCGCCGGCGUGGUUAACGGGUCCCGCGCAGAGGCCAUCAGCGAUGCAUUGGCGAACCGCUGGGUUCGACCGUACGGUGCACCGGCUCCAGAGGCUGGGGACACCGUCUCGCCUUUCGUCUCUGGAUUCGAGCUACAGGCGCACUACAUGGUCGGCCGCGGCGAUCGCGCCGUGGAUCUUAUGGAGUUCAUGUGGGCGGACUUCAUGCUCGACGAUCCCAGAAUGACCAACAGCAGCUUCAUUGAGGGUUACUCCACGAACGGGAGCCUACACUAUGCUCCAUAUCCAAGUGACCCUCGGGUCAGCCAUGCACACGGGUGGGCUACUGGACCUACAUCAACCCUCUCAUUCCUCGGGGCGGGGAUUAGGCUUACUUCGGCAGGGGGCCUGACUUGGAAGCUUGCUCCUGCUUUAGGCGGUCUCCAAAAUAUUGAAGCAGGCUACGAGGCGCCCCUGGGGAAGUUUGCUGUGGCAUGGCACAAUAGCUCCUGUGGUAUCACUGGAAGUUUCGAGACCCCUGAAUCAACAACUGGUAUUCUCGAGAUUCCCAUUGCGGCGGGCUCGAAGACACUAACCUUGGCGGGUCCAGAGGGCGCCAUGACCAUUGAUGUAACAGGCCUGUCUACGGCAACAGUCGAAGACGUCGCAGGAGGGAAGUAUUCAGUCAGUAUUUCUUAG